AUGGCAAGCUUGUUGACAACAUCAGCUAUCAGCUAUUAUUCUGUCAACAAUGGUUCCAGGGAAUUUGGCAAGUUGGGGAAUUUUUCCAAAGGAAGGUGUUGCAUAAAAGCAAUGAAGAUAGAGAAAUCUUUGGAGGAAUUGUACAACGUGAAAGUGGAAAGGAAAGUGUCUCCUGAGAGACUAACUGAGCUUGGAGUUUCAAAAUGGUCAGUGUGGAAGACUGGGAAAAGCAAGCUCCCCUGGGACUGGCAGGUAGACCAACUGGUGUAUAUAGAAGAAGGGGAAGUGAGAGUUGUUCCUCAAGGAAGCAAGCGUUUCAUGCAAUUUUUGGCUGGAGACUUGGUCCGCUACCCAAAGUGGUUUGAAGCUGACCUCUGGUUCAAUGGUCCAUAUCAAGAGCGUUAUAGUUUCAGGGCAUAUGGUGAUGAUUAA